GCAGAAAAAGCAGUAUUUUUUUUUUUAAAAAAUCUCGAUUCGACUUCCCUUCUAAACCCUAGCGUCACUUCCUCCGCUCCAAGCCCCCCGCUUUGCCCGGUCGUCGACUCGCUGCCGCCUUCCUCGACCCGCACCGCACCCGCAGAAGCUAAUGGCGACUGUGCCAGUUAACCCAAAACCUUUCUUGAACAAUCUGACUGGGAAGACUGUAAUUGUCAAACUUAAGUGGGGUAUGGAGUACAAAGGGUAUCUUACUUCUGUUGACUCAUACAUGAACCUUCAGCUUGCUAACACAGAGGAGUACAUUGAUGGACAAUUCUCUGGAAACCUGGGUGAGAUUCUGAUCAGAUGCAACAAUGUCCUUUAUCUCCGAGGUGUUCCAGAAGAUACAGAGAUAGAGGAUGCAGAGUGAGGAGCCGGGAGUGGGGGACCAUGCCUUAAGAUUGGUUCUGAUAACCAUGUAUUAGCUGUCAUCUUAAGAUUGGUUGAUGAUAUUUCAGAUGCGCACUACUGAAUACAAAAUUGCUGAUGCAUUUGCCUGCUUGCACGGCACGACAAGACAUUGUGAAAUCAUUUGGCCAUGUAGUACGGACUAUAUUCCAAUCUUGUAUGUUUUGGCUCAAUAACUUGUCUGCUGGAAUUGCUGCCAGAGGUGAUAUCAUAGUAUUCAAUUGCUAAGAUGGAAGUCCGAACUAUUUUGUCUGUCAUUUAAGUUAAACGCAUUGGUGCUGGUGCCUAACGCAUUGGUGCCUUGGUAA